AUGCACGCAUACCUUGAGGAUGUCAGUUGGGCGCAUGCCCAGGAGGAGCUGCUCCGAGCAUUUGCGGCCGAUCCCAACGAGAGGCGGCUGCGGUUCAAGCCAAUGAAACCACACCAGCGCACCUUCAUCCACAGCAUUGCAGAAGAUUUCGGUUUCGAUAGCGAGAGCAUGGAUCCUGAGCCACACAGACACGUGAUGGUGUUCAAGACACCAAAAUUUGUUGCAGCUCCCAUGAAGACACUGCAGCAGGCGGCCAGGAUCAAACGUGCAGCGCUCAAUGUUGGAGCACCAAUUCACAAUGUUCCAGGCACGACCUCCACAAGCAGUCGUGGGACCAGCCCUAGGCCAGACCAACCGAAACCUCACUGGAACGGAAUCCUCUUGACUGGGCCCCGCUUUGCCUUGACCGAAAGUGAGCUGCUGCCGCAUCUGGUGAAAGCCGCUCCAACGACUGUAUUUGAUGUGUUCUUUCUUGCUGAACGCGAUCAAGUAGUCCUACGUCCAUCAGGCUCUUCGACCUCGGAACGCACACGCCAGUCCGCUGGAGUUCUCGAGGCUCUUGAACCGAGAAUAUCAGACGAAGUCAGGAAGCACGGUCUGGCAAAAGAUGUGUCACUCGCUGUUUUCGAUAUGUCGACUGCGGCAGAGCCGCAACUCAUGCAACGGAAGGAGGGAAAGGAGUCAGCGCUGAGCAAGUCUGGUGCAGAUGGCUGGUCACAAGUUGCUGCGAAGAGCUCCGCACCGGCAAGGGCACCACAGGUUCAGGCCAUUGGCCAGAAGCCCGUGUAUACCGUGCUCGGGAGCAGACUAGCAGAAGCGAGGAAGAAGAAGUUGGAGAACGAGGAGAAAUUACGGAAACAGGCUGAGGUUGUUGAUGAUUGGGAAGAAGAGGUUGAGAAGGAUGAGCUAGUCAACAAGGCUGGUAGGGAAAGGGAAAAUGCCGGGACUGAGGCUUCUCAGGAUUCCGAUGGUCAUAGUGCAGAUGACGCAGGCGAAGGUGUUCUAGUGAUGGAGAGUGGCGAGGGCUUAGAGCCUGUCGCGCGAACAGUAUGA